AUGCGCUCGCCCACACUCAGCUUUGUGCUCGCUCACCUCGCGCUCGCGGGGGUGACCAUGGCGCAGAUUAUAACUUACACUUUGCCAUAUGUCGAUGGUGACACGCUCGUCAUCUCGACAGGGACGAACGCGCUCGGGGUACCUACCACGCAGACUCUCCGAACACUCACGGGCGGAGCUAGCGCGGUUACAUCCGUUCCAGGCGGUGUUGUCGGUUUGAGCAGCAGCAGCAGCUCCUCGCGGGCGGCUGUCGUGAUAACUUCGUCCUCAUCCUCGAUAUCUAGAAGUACGGCGCGCGUGACUACAGCAACCACCGCAGCCGCGACCGGUACCGCUACCACCCCCCGAGUUGGCCAAGACACCGCUCUUCCCCCACCGAUGAGGACCACCACCUACGACUACGAUACCGGAAAUGGAUACUGGACCAAAGCGACCUGGACCGCAUCCGUCACCAAGGCGCCGGACGUCGCCACCGUCAUUGUCCCGAAAGGCACCGUGCAGGAAUACCCCCAGUACCAGACAUCGGUCAACUCGAACGUCCUUGCGUCGGCCCAGGCGUCUGUCUCGCGCGCGGCGGCAGAGCCAAGGGCGGCGUCACAGAUGACUGGAUCGGCGGGAUUGUUGGGCUGGGGCAUUAUGGGUGUGGGAGCGGUGCUCGGUGCGGGGUUGGCCUUGUAG